AUGGAAGACUUCAAUAGAUUAAGGCAAGUUGUGCCAGCAAUUCCUGAAUUAUUACUGGACGCAUGCACAAAAGCUUCCAUUUCAACUAGAGAUAAAAUAAUAUCAGACAGCAGAGCUGCAAUAAUUAUUCAUCGAAUGAAAAAGGUCAUCCAACUUAAUGAUCUUAUUCCCAUUGCUGAAGAUAGUCCGGAGAACGUUCAGCCGCAACAAAUUCAGUUCAUUUCUGUUUUAAUAGAUUUCUUACAUUCAUCACCUCAAAUUUUAAUAAGCUGUCUGAAAGAAAAAUAUCACAAUGGCGAUAAAACUGACUUUAAAGUACUUUGCUGGUCUGCAAUUCCCUCGAUUUAUGGUUUUUAUAGCACUCUCGAGCACAUUUCAAAUGCAUUCCCAUUUUAUUGCAUGCUCAUUACAAAGAUGAACCAAAAUGUGGCAAUAGAAGCCAUUUUACCUUUUUAUAUUUCCGCAUGUACGUUCAAAUUCAUAGAAUCAGUUUAUCAAGGCUUUGCAAUCAAAUUUUGUAAUGAUGUACGUAUUAAUGGCAAAAAAUUACCUACUAAAAUCAUUGACGAAUAUAUUCCUCAAAUUAUUGACUCAAUUAUCAAAGCUCUUCCUUUACUACCUCAACAGCAUGUGUUUCUAAUUAAAUUUAUGUUAGCACAAGGCUGGAAUUCUAACGACGUUUUAGAUUUCUUUAUUCACAGGUUUGUUAUGCAUCAAUUGAUCAGAUAUUUGAACUCAACACCAUUUAAACAUCAUUACGAUCACUUUUGCUCAGUUGCAAAGUCAAUUAACAUUCAUAAUCCAAUUGUUCAAGAUUUAAUUAAAUUUUUUGAGACAAACUCAAUUUUUGAAGUUCCACCAGCAUUCACUGUCUUUGAUAUUCCAUUUACUUUAAUUCUUAUCUCAAGAAACGACGUAGAUGUCAUAAUCAGAUCUUUAAUGGCGAUAAACGAGCUUCCAAAGACGAUGGUUCCAUUUCUUAAGUACAAUUACUUCCAGACAAUCACUAAUAGACCAUUCUGGAUGCGUAUCUACUCAAGGAAACCAAAACCGAUUGAUACAUCUUACAAUUGGCGUUCUGUUGUUUUCGACGACAUCAAAGUUGAUGAUAUUCCAAAGGAUAUAAACUUCACGAGGGUCUGGAACAAGAUUAACUCCGAUUGUUCUGAUAUGGGAGUUCAUCCCUUAGUUUUCUUGACGAAUCCGCCAUCAGAUCCCGACCAACUUGCUAAAUACAACAUGUUCCAAACGAUGCUCGGCAAAGACAAGGAAAAUUUCAUUGAUUUGGCCACAAGGAAAAGUCUCAAAAUUUUGAAAAGUCACGCAGAGAGUUUUGAGAAUUAUUUAGUCCAUAACUUAGCUCUACAAUCAUUAACGAAGUGGCUGAGUGUUGUAGAAGACUGUUUAAGGAUGUUUGUUAUUCCUUUUGCAGAAGAUGCAAUAAAUAACGAACUAAAAGAAGUUUCUCCGAAAUCAUUGAUCAGAAAUCCCCGGUAUAUUGAUUUACUGCUUGAAAGAGCUGCUUCUAAGGUAGAUCUUUCAAUCACACGUCGUCUGCAGUACUUGUUUGUUAUACAGUACAUGAUGACAACGUUGAUUGGUCCUCAAACAAAUGAAAUGAUGAAAAAAAUUGACUUAAAAUGGUUGUCACUUUUGAAUGAAUUACGACCAACAAUGCCUCUUCCUGAAUGCUUUUCUAAUAAGAAGAAGAACAAAGAAAUAGCACUAUUACUCAAUGGCAAGCUCUGGAGAAUCAUAAGUCUCUUAAAUUCGAUGCAAACUGUGAAAUUCGGAUCAACUUAUUUCAUUUUCAUGAAAGUGAUAAAACAGUUGGAAGAAUUGGAAGUUGCUGCGAAUUCUGAGGACACAGUCACUCAAUACGCGUUAGUACUAUCGAACUGUCCUAUCCUGUUGUCUAGAUUCAUUUUAAAUAACGCGUUUUUCGUGAAACAUGAGAGAUUUCGGAUGAUGUCGGACACAGAUUAUCAUUUGGUAAGAUGGUGCAGACUGGAGACAGCUAUCCUCAAAAUCGUUUCUCAAGACAUGAAUUUCAUGAACGAAGUCUUGAAUUUCCAAGAAAUGUUGAUAUCUGCAAAACUUUUGUAA